CCUUAUCUGGACACUGAAACAAAGGUGGCAAAGGUGUUUAUUUCAGAAUUCUAGAGAGAGAGACGGAGAUGGCGAAUGCAAAGGAGGAGACGGCGGCGGCGGAGAUGAAAACGGUGAACGGAGGGGAGGAGACGGCGGCGGAGGAGAAGUCAACAAUGAAGAUAUGGAUAGCUGUAGACGAGAGCGAUGGAAGUUUCCACGCCCUCCAAUGGGCUCUCGAACACCUCUUCCAUCACUCCCCCACCGCCGAUAAGGAUCCUCCGUUUUCCGUCACGGUGGUUCACGUUCAACCUCCCUUUCAACCUUCUUACACCGCCCUCCCUGUUGGCCCUAUUCUAUUUACAACGCCCGGGAUGAAGGAAUCGGUUUUGAAAGCAGAGGAAGAAAGUGGCGCCAAAGUUCUCGCUCGUGCUACAGAAUUGUGCGACGAACAUAAGAUAAAAGCAGAGUAUUUGGUAUUAAAGGGAAAGCCAAAGGAAAUAUUAGUGGAAGCUGUGGAGCAAAUGGAUGUCGAUCUUCUGGUUGUUGGCAGCAGAGGUCUUGGCCAUAUCAAAAGGGCCGUACUCGGAAGCAUUAGUGAUUAUUGUGCACAUCAUGCGAAAUGUCCCGUUCUAAUCGUUCGUCCCCAAAAGGCGUUGUCGAGCUAAUUCUCGUUGCUCCCUUUCCAAGGUGUCGUAUAAUCAUAAGUAAGUUAUGGCAAAGGCGGAACUUGAAGCCAUACGUUCAAUUGGUAUUUGUUAUGUUGUAAACCACUUAUUGUGUCGUGGUAGUAAAUGUGUGUAAUCGAGUAUAUGUUGUUGAACUAUGUAUCUUAAGCACCUGAGUCAUGUUCGGAACGUUUACGUUAUUGUAUAUUAUUCGUCUUUCAUGUGUAAAAACGCUUGGUAUCUUGUUUUUUCAUAAUUAAUUUGAUACCCAGAUAUCAGAUAUGAA